AUGCGAUGCGCGAGCAAGGCCGCCGAGAGCGCGUCUGCGCGUCUCUGUGCGGACGCCGAAGCAGAAACAACAGCAACUGAUGUCCCAUCGGUUGCUGAAGCGACUCAGCCUGUGUCACCUGGUGAUGCAGGCGCUGGUCAUGAAGACACUCGUGUCUUCACAGAGUACGAGCUCGGUGUCUCGUACUCUCCUGAUACGGAUGACGGAUCCGUAUCGACGGCGAUUGAAUCUAAGCCGCCUGCCAAGCGUGGCAUGGACGAUGCUUUGCGUCGCAGAAUCUUUGGUUCAUCUGAUUCAUCAGAUGAACCAUCGCCGAAGCGAAGGCGCUCGAGGUCGCGAGACUCGGGCGCUAAUAGUGGUGUCGGUUCUCCAAUGGACACCACUUCACAGCGAGGUGCCAGUACUUCUGUCGGCACGUCGCAGGAAGAGCGGGACCGCAAUGUGUUGCGUCUCGCUCCAGAAAAGAAGGCAUGGAUGCCUCCGAAAUCCGUCAUGGAUCACUUGUCGGCGACGACGAGUGAUCGUUAUCGAACACGAUUGUUCGAUUCGUCAAGGAUCCAUCACCUUGACCCCAGCGCGAAAAACUAUCGCGCUGAACACGAAUUCUUCAUCGAUGCUUUCUUCAGACAUCGAUGGUACAGUGGGAACCACAAGCGUGAUGGUCCCUCACUACUUCAAGCGUAG